UUGUCGGGUCUCGCGGUUCUAUUUUCAGGCCGAAAAGGAGGCUUUAUUCGAAUAAAAAAAACCACGUGGGUCUUUAUUAAUAAAUUAAACCUGCCGAUUGGAAGUUGUCCAGGAAGAAAAAAAAAUUCCAUAAUAAACUAAAACAGAAACUAAAAUCACAAGAAGAUCCAAUAUGGAGAGAUCACGCUUGAGGAAAUCGCCUUCGAGGUAUGAAGCGGUUUUAAGGUCCAGGUCUAAGUCACGGUCUCAGAAGGAAGACAAGUCGGAGAAAACGAAGAAAAAGAUUCCGUACAAGGAGAAGUCGCCUACCAGAAAAUCUGAGAGGGUGGCUAGGAGUAAUGCGAAGUCCAAGUCACCGUCAAAACCGUCAAAGGUGGCCAACGCACUCAAGAAAAUUGAGCUAAUUCGGGAUUCUCUAACGCCUGACAGAAAAAUGGUCGAAGAGGUCGUUCGAAGCAGUGUGCAAAAAUUCGAGGAAGUUGCUACUGACAUGAUGACCUCAGUGAGGAAAUUAACACGCAGUACGUUUAAAGACGAGUUUGAGAAAAAUCAGAAUGCCAAAGGACUCAAAGACAGUGACUCAGAUGUGACAGUCCUGCCUGAGAACAAUGUCAAAGAGACGAAAAAAACCACUCAAAAUUACACCGGUUUUGUAAAGACUUUGCUCGCCCUUUUCAUGAUGUUCUUCUACCCUGCACUUGUUUUCUUGUCUUACGUCGGAUGUGUUUCAGGAAAUUGCUCACUUGUGCCAAACGUUACUUUCUCUCAUGUUAAAGUCAUUGACAAGGACGCUGCAGUUUGGUAUACGGGUUUUCUGCUCAGUCAGUUUAUUUUGGCAACUCUCCCCCUUGGAUUUAAAAGUGAUGGCACAGUCAUACGAGGAACCCGUUUGAUGUAUAGGAACAAUGGAAUUGGAACUUUAUUUGUGACCCUUGGUGUUUUCACUGCUAUCUACUAUUACACUUCGUUCCCUCUUACCAAACUGCUAGACAAGUCAGUCCCGUUUCUCUUUAUGGCGACAGUCUAUGCAGUCUUUUUAAGUGUGGUUUUAUAUGUCAAAUCCGUAUACCAGAAAGUUGUCAGGAACCCAUUGGGCAAUACGGGCUAUUUCGUCUACGAUUUUUGGACGGGUGGAGAAGUCAACCCUCGUGUUGGCCCUCUUGAUUUUAAGACUGUUGUUUUAAGGACAUCGUUUGUAACUUUGGUUUUAUUGAAUUGUCUGUUUGCUUUGAAAGAAGUAGAAAGUGUAGCAAGGCCGAGCGAGUUUUCAGUUCCGCUGAUGGUAGUUUGCGCCUUUCAGGUUCUGUUUGCCUUAGAUUUCUUAAUGUUUGAAAACUCCUUUUUAUCAACUUACACAGUCACACAAGAAGGAACUGGAUAUUUUUUUCUUAUUUGGCGUUCCAUUUUACCUUUUUGGCUUGCUCUCCUGCCUAAAUAUUUACAAACGGUCGAGGUUUUUAAUAAUUUCUACGUCGUGAUGGCUGCCUCUCUGAUGUAUUUAGUCGGAUACAUUGUUUAUAGAGUGAGCUCUGAACAGAAGGCAAAAUUCCUCAAACACCACAGAGUGGAUAAACUCCAGGAUAUUGUCCAGGAGAGAAGAUUCGGUUCAAAUCUUUUCAGAGGCGGCCUCUGGGGAUUUGUAAGGCACCCGAACUAUACCGGUUUUCUCCUCAUGCAAAUGGCAUGGGGCUUAUUGUGCGGAGGCGUCACCCAGUUUCAUUGGGUUCCGUUUGUCAUUCCACUCUUCGCCAUAUUCGAGCAUCUGUAUCAAGUCACUCGUGUAGAAGAGAGAAGCUUUGUACAACACCCGACUGCCUGGGUGACUUAUACGAUGAUGGUCAAGAGCCGGUUAAUACCUCGUGUGUUUUAACUUUUUUUUUUUUUUUUUGUGUAAGCAUGUUUGAAUUUUCACCCUCCCAAGUACCUAAUAUCAUUAUCCCGUUACCACUUUUGCUCAGUUUUUUAUUAUUUUUUUUUUUAAUUUUUAAAAGUAAAAAAAUAUCUUUAAAGGUAAUUGAUUUUUGAGUAGAAAAUUUUUAAAUACUAUAAAAGACAAAAUUAAGGUAAUGUAUAUACCUGAAACAAUGUACAAUAAUUUGAUUUAAAUAGUCUGUACUUAUUGAAAAAAAUUUAAAAAAAUAUAAUGAUGUAUAUAAGCAUUGUACAAAUAAGAAGAUAUUAGUAACUUUUAUUUUAACUAUAUAUAUUUUUUUAGAUAAAUAACGAAAAUUCUUGCAAUAUUUUUUGUUUAAUUUUCUUCGUAAAUUCAAUUUUCUUUCUUUGCAUUUAUAUCUAUUUACCAAACUACAGAAUUAAAAGUAUUAUUUAAUAUAUUUACUGUGAGUAUAAGUGUGUAAUGUUUAGUGACCGUUAAAUAACGAUUAUUUGGAGAUCUUGAGAUACGGAACAUUUUAUAUAUAAAAAUGUCAGGUAAGAUUGAUUUAAAAAAAAAUGCAAAGAAAGAACUUAGAAUUUUUGUAAAAAAAAUCACAAAAUUUAUCGACUCAGCUUUAGCAAAAUUACUAUAAAUCUUUAGUUUGAGGACUUUUUAAAUUAUUAUACUACAUACUGAGAUUUGACGUUUGGUUUUAACAAAGUUUAGAUGUACUUUUUUUUGUUUAUCCCUUCAUUUUGCAGUUUUGUGAACAUGGUGUUUCUAGUGUUAAAAUUUAAGCUUGUAUAAUAAAUAAUGAUUUGGAAUAGCUUUCCAAAAACAAUAAUUAACGUUCUUGAUCUCAUCGGGGUAGAUAUUUUCAUGUUAUCGCCUUUUUAUUUUAAUAUAUAUAAAAUUAUAUUGUAAAAUAAUGGAUGGUGGUUUUACUUCACUCUGCUGUUUCAUUCUUUUUAACUGUGCAAAAAAAUAAAAUUUUAGAACAUAAGUGGUACAUUUACUGUAGCAUGUUAGUAAUUUUUUAAUGUCUGUACAAAAAAAAGUAUAUUUGAAACAUGAUCUAUUUUAACUUGACUACAUAAUAUGUAUUUUUUAAGUAAACAGACCAAUAUGAAAGCAGGAUGUUCAGUACGUUUUAUUUAUACAUCCUGCUAUAAUUUUUGUUCUAUGUGUAAAAGGUGCUGUUUGGAAAUAUGUAUCUUUACAUGUAAAAAAAUUUGAAAGAUAAAAAAAGACCAACAACAAGAUUUAAAGUUUCAUAAUUAAAAUUAUUAUACAAAUUCUUUAAGAUAUUUUAAAACUUGUAAAUAAUCAUGAUUGUUUUAAACUGAAAUGUUUAAACUAAAGUUGUUGUCAGCGUUGAUCUCAACUGUAUUAUAAAGGCAUAAAUAAAGCGGAUAAAAUCUUAUGGAAUUGAAAAUUUCAGCCAAAAUGUACACAAAUUUUUAAAUUAAAAUGCACGUUUUAAGUUAACAAAUAAACAUUAACAAAUAAAUAUUUAGGAACUGUAACUUGAGUAAUUAAAAUGUAGCGUAGUGAAUUUUUUGUUUUUAAUUUUUUAAGCAUAUUUUAUUUGUAAAUUGUAAUCAAUUUUGAAUUUUGUAAUUCAGACGUAAAAGAAAAUUUCUUCAAAUAAAAACAUCACAAAG